AUGAAAGGAUCAAAGAAUAUGCAACAACAUAGAAUGAUUUCGAUAAAUUCAAAAUAAAUUAAAAAAAGUGAUGCUAAUAUUCCGUAAACUUUGUUAGCAGCAUAUAAGUCUGAAUCAGCUGAUACUAAAUAUAGAGCUUAAAUCCCUAGAGAUUCAUAAAUUCCUCUAUCAAUGCUUCUUAAGAGUCAAAAAUUAGAAAAUAAGUUAAUCGGAAGAAAUAGUUAACAGCUAAAGUUCAGGUAAAAUAAUGAAGAGUACUCAGAGGACUCGACUAGCAGUUUAUCCAUCUCUGAAGAACAAUAAAAUCUAUAAAUAGGUUCAGAUCCUAAUACAGAUACCAGUGCCCAUAAUAAUGACUAAAAGACAGACAAUGAUUCCCUCGAUUAGUAAGCUAUCUCUGAUUAGAGCUAGUUUCAUAUGACUCCGAGUGAUAUGUCACAUUAUAAUGAGGAUUUAUAGGUCUUCUAUAUAGAACCAAUCUCAUUCCUCCCUGGGCUUCCCACUUCUUAUAAGAUUUUAAACGGAGAGCCUAUUACUUUUAAUUCACACUUAAAAGAGAUAAUGAAAUAUUAUGAUAUUUUACCUGUUCCAAGAUCAUUACUGGGAGGAAUUCAAUUACCUUAGCAGGGAAAAUUUUUCCUGGUAAGACCCUAAAACCCUGAUUAAUGGUGGUAAGAAAAAUCCAACACAAACAAUGGAAUCAGCAACUUCAUUCAGAAUCAUAAUUAGUGA